GAACUUUCCUGCUCUUUCAUAUAUUUUUGUCUUCCCUCUUUCUUUCUAUCCUCUGUUUGAAGGGCACAAGGUGGUUGUAGAGAAAGGUCGUGCUUGUGUCUGUGUGGUUGACAGUGUGUCUACGUGACCAUGCAUGUGGACGUGCAUUUUUAUACUGCAUUUAUAUACUGCUCUACCAUUGUGUGUGAAAGGGAAAGAUUCCGGGAAUGCCCUUAUCUAAAACUAGAGAUCCGUGCGCCAUGUUUUUGGAAGUAGGUAACAAAUGACCGAAGAACCAGACUUUCUACAGAAACUUUGAAGGUGCUUUAUUCAGUGAUUGUAUUUCACUGAGAAUCCUUGCAGCCAGAUGAAUUCAGAACAUUGCACGCUUCCUGGACAUUUCAACAGAGGAGACAUCGCUAAAAUCUUCUGACAUCUUCAACUAUGGACAAAAUCCUUUUGGUGCUUUUCCUGCAGAUUGUUACUGCUUCAUCGGAAGAGGGACACAUCACAUGUACUAUCCCGCCAGUAAAAAUGUUCCAGGACGCGGUUUUGACAUGCAACUUUCCCGAAGACCUGAAUGUGACCAAGAAAGACUUCGCAAUAUACCACUACCUGAAUAAUAUUAGAGAUGAUACUGUCGACUGCUGGUGGAUUAGGGGUGAAAUGACCUGCUCUGCAAAACCGGAUAUCGUGUAUCAAACAAGAGUCAACAGAACCUUCACUAUAUCAAUUCUCAAUGUGUCGUCAGCUCACACAGGACAAUAUGCUUGUCAGGUGGCUAACUACGACCCGAAGUUAAUUCAGACCUGUCACCUUCAAAUUAAGUUUGAUGCACAAGAGGAUCACGGAAAUACGUUUGCUGUCGUGUUGUCAGUAGUUUUGGUGGGAGCAGUUCUUUUGGCAAUUUUGGUCAUCGUCGUAGUACUGAAAUGCAGAAGGCGAUGCAGAUGCAAGAGGGAAGAUAGACCUGAAAGCAGAGAAGGACAACCAAUGAUUGUCACAGACAAAAGAGUGACGGAGGAGUUUCAAGAAUUUCUGUUAAAGAAAGUCAGACAAAUGUUCCCGGAUAUGCUUAAUACCUGCUACUUUGUGCCUCCAAUCUACUUCAACAAAACUCGAUAUAAGACAGAAACUGUUGCCGGUCAAGUUGUUUACAUUCCUGAUCUUCCAGACCCCAGUGAUGUCCUGUACAACAAAGCCAUGGAAACUGUUUUGAGUUGCUUGCGCCGCAUCCUGAAAACUAAACAGGAACGAAUGUUUGUUCUGACACACUUUAACUACGAUGACUACUUGAACAACCCUGACCAUAAUUUUAUAACACAUGGCCUGCCUGUUCCUGCUGGUUUGAAAAAAAGGAAAGGAGAAAACAAGAUCGGUUGUUUUGAUUUUCUCAUCCUCCAUCGGCAGUACGGGGUGGUGGUUGGGGUGGUAAAGACUGUUAGUGACAAGUAUGACGGAAGUGAGGAUACAAAGAAGAAAACUGAUCACCUGCUGAUCACAGAGGUGUCUGAAGCUAUUCUACAACUGACAAAGGCAGCUCGUAUGAUAAAACAUCUCAUGUCAGACCAGAAUCACCCUCUGAAAGUUCGACAGGCCAUAGUUUUACCCAACGCCGAGCAUACCACGCUAAACCGGGUUCUCCACAAUCACCGCGGUCUGGCUCAGAAGCUGCGGAAGUGCUUUCAAACCGAAGACGUCCCAGUUCAGCUAUGUCUUUGUGCCGACCAACUGACUGAUCCUCAUCUGAUGACCUGGUGGGACAGCUUGAUGAAUAAGUCUACAGAUGACGAUAUUAUGAAAGAUGACCUGUAUGAAUGCUUGAUAGCAAGAUUCUGUGGGCCUGCUACUACAUCUGCUGUAGACAUUCCAAGAACACCCGAUUCCCUUCCAUUGCCCAAGACUCUGGACCAAGCCGUGUCCGUAACCGGAGAUUUGUUUGAUCGUUGUACACUGUACCCGGGUAUGACAGACCUCAUCCAGGAGCCUCGGGUGUUUCUUUCAGGACCACCAGGCACCGGAAAAACCAGGCUACUGGGUCUUGUGGGACGAAAAUGGUUAUUUGAAGGUCAUGUGGUGCAAAUAGUUAACACUUCAACGGAACUUACUUCUGCAACAAUACAACUAGUAAAGAUUCUGCAGGAGGCACAAUCAUCAGACAUUUCACCGAAUGGGAUGGUUGUCAGCUUAAAUUGUAACAUAGAGAGGAGACAGGAUAUCCGUGACACGAUUACCAAACUGGAAGCAACUGCAGGCGAAAAACCUGUUUGUGUACUUGUUGAUGACCUGGAAAUUAAUGCGGAGAAGUCACAGCAGAUUCACAAGUUUUUUAAAAGCCUACGUAUGUGCUUGCCUAAUAUCCAUUGCUGGGCAAGCAGCUGCAGCACUGAUAACGCGCCAGAAGGCUGGCGGUCAGAGGUUCUCACCAUACCUAUAAGCUGUCCACCAGAUGUACUACGAGAGGCGAUGAAAGAAAAACGUAUUCCCGGCGUACUACCGUAUUCAGAGAGCAGGUUUACAUCACCUACUAAAGGCAUGCCUGUGAUCAGCAUUUCUCACCAUUAUUGUGCAUCCAACAGCCACAUAGAUUAUAAGAUGUGUGGAAACGAAAUUCUGAGGUUUUUAUCACAAGCUCUUCGUAUUUCUGGCAUCGGAGCAAACCCUGGGACAAUGGAUAUGUCAACAGCCCUCAGGUACAGAGACAUAUUAAUGUUGUUUGAAGAUGAUGUCACACAGUUUAUGCCUGUGGUUACUGCUUUUAAAGAAUCAGGAAUCCCUGUGCAGAUCAUUGACUACAAGAACCAAGAGGAUGUGUUAAAUAGUAAUGUUGUGAUUGCCGCAAACGCCGGUUUCUUGUGCGGAAUUAAACGAAAAGUGGUUAUUUAUGUUGAAGGAGAUACAGAGCCAUCAGACAUCUCUGCGAGCUGGAACAAACUGCGCAGUAUAACCAGCUGUACAUCCCAACUAGUGUUCGUUUCCUUUGCGUUCAAAAAUGUUUGGAAUGCAGUAGUAAAAGUAGCAGAUUAUGUGAUAACAAAUUUGAUUGGCCCAAUUUAGGCCUCUGUUACAAACACAAGGUUGUGAAAAGUACAUGGACUAACAGAUAUGGUCUGCCAAGGGACUUUGCUUGUCUUCCGUCACCUUUGAAUGAAGUUGCCAAAAAUAGUCCUGUUGUGCCGAGUUAUAUGUCCAAGUGGGAAGUCGACUGUGUACAUAGCCAUUGAUGUCGUCUUGUCGAAUGUAAAUUAGGAGACAUUACUUCUAACUCUUCGUAUGGAAUGCACGCAUUUUUCUCCAAUUCAUAAAUCAAUCUGAAAGCUAUGGUUGACAUGUGGAUACUUGAUGUUGUCACGUUACCUUGUUUUUCACCCCUUUUUCCCAAUCUGGACAUCUCAGGGUGAAAGGCAAUCACACUUAUUCGCCCUAACUGUCAAACGAGAGUGUAUACCAUUAGCUAUAGUUACAAGUUCUAUUUAUCUAUUGCUGUAAUCCUAAUGUGGAUUUUUUUUAUUGCAACUGCUUACGAUGAGGACUGAGAAAUUGUCCAGCAGAAAACCUUUUUGAACUGUUGUUGGCUCAUGCAAAUCAGUGCUUUGCUUUAAAUGUACAUGUUAAUCAAAACCUCUCAGUCCUCGUCUCAAUUUUCUAUGCUCUUAAUCAGCACAUUUAAUUUUAUCUUCAUCGAAUCAAAAGUGUUUUCCCUUCAAUUUCCUGUAACCUUGUAGCAUUCAUCUUUUUGUAAGAUGAGUGAGAGUCAUGGUUGGUGAAAGUGUCUGGCAUUCUAUGGACGUAGAACUGAUUUCCAUCAACUGCCACUGUGGGAUGUUAGGUAUGUCACUUCAGAAGGUCAUCGUAAAGACAGGAUGAAUUAGUAAUUUCUUGCUCAAGAAUUGUAUUUGUUUUUGCAACUAAAAUAUUAAUCUCAAUGGUGGUAAUAUGUAACACCAAUGCCCACAACACUGCUCAGACAGGGACGUGCUGAUUUUGUUUGAAAGGGUCAUUACAGAAGAUGUACCUAUGAUGACAAGUCUCAAACAGAAAGUAAUUCCAAUGAAGAUCCUCAGCUAUAGAAAUGAGAAGACUGCUUUCAGGCAUAAAAGUAACACUGUUUUUGGUAGCUAAAGCAGGUUUUCUGAACGGAGUGAAAAGUAAGGUCGUUGUGUGCGUUGAGGGAGAUAUAAAAAGAUGGAGAAACAAAUCUCAAUCGACGUGUAUAAAACGGUUAUUGCUUGCUUUUUUAAUCAAUAAAUUAAAGUUGCUUUGUUUGUAUCUAUAAGCUUUAAGACUCCACAGUUGUAGACACAAAAUAAAAUAUCUGACGCUUUGUCUCGUGUCUGUUAAAGAGACAGAGCAAAAUCAAAUGAGAGUUUAAGAUAAGGAUGAACCGAUGCUCACGCCAGGACGCUGAGAAACUAAUAUUUUUGUGUUUGCUAUGCAUUGCAAAGUUCAGUGCCUUGUCUUCAGAAGACGGUAGAAUAUUUUGGUUUACACUCUUUUUAAAAUAAAGAUUCUUGUGUGUAUUCUUAACAAAAUAAAUUGAAAGUGAUGUGGUAAUAAAGAUGUAAACAAUAA